GUGGGUCAGUAGGGCAUGGCGGGCAGCUCACCACCGUCGCUCCCUCUUGGGAGGAUCUAUAUUAGCUUCCGCGACACGGUAACCGCACAAGAGGGCUUCUUCUUCACAACCAUGACGCUCGUGGCGCUCAAUACAGAUACCCAGCAGAUCGAUGUGGUGUCACGCGGGCGGACCGAGGUGGUUCAGCCGGCGACGACUACCCCGGUCUUUGCCAAGGGUCCAUACGAGCUGUUCACCCCGGAAGGCGAGCCGCCGCUGCUCAUCAUCUUUGAGCUCUACGUCGUCUCCAAGCAGGAUGAUGGCUCCAAGUCCAUCGACAAGUACGCGGCUGCCAAGGUCUCGGUAGCCUCAGUCACGGCUGUACUCCUCGAGACCGGUGCAGCAGAGGUCGAUCUCAAGAUGGAUCCGGCCAUGGACGGCGCAGAGGCCCGGACUGUCGUCAUCUUGGAGUUUUCCGACUCGGAGGAGUACUCGUACGAGUACACAACAGGAACCAACUUACAGAGCGGAUUCCACGUCGACGACGACUUUGAGUACUCGUACUACACCGAGGACGAAACGGCACCCGAGGGCACCCGCACCCGCCGUACCCAGAAGUCGCGCUCGCGCCCGGCCUCGGUUUCUACUUCUCGCCGCGCACGCUCGGGCUCGCGCUCCCGUCGCUCGCGCACAGACCGCCCGGGCACUGCUGACCCGACCAUUCCGACACUCGACGACACCGGCGACAUUGCUGACUUUUCCGCUGACCUGUCGCCAUCCCCCAGGUCGGCUGGCCCACCCGUUCACUCGCAGCCGCCGCCUGGCCACGAGCCACAUCCACCCGCACCCACCGACAACCACGGCGACGACGGCUAUGAUCAUAGCGACCGAUCCGGACCGCCGGUCCGGCCCGAGUCUGCGCCGCACUCGGCAAGGUCGUCGCGUCACGGCACCCCGCGGUCUUCACGCCGCGGAACCCCACGGUCAGCCCGCGUUGCGCGACAUGGCUCGGCCCGGUCGUCCGCCCAUCGAGUUGCCGCCCCGCCGCCACCUGAGCCGGCCCCGCCACCGCCACCGCGUCCGACUCUUCCGCUUGCGCCACCGCCGUUGGCUACCUUUGACAUUGUGUCACGGACCGCGGUCCCGCUGCGGGACGCACUCGCGACGCAUGUCUCCUCCUCCGCCGCCGCCGUCCGUGUCGUCGUCUUUGAGGCCUCGGGCCUGCCGCUCGUUGGCGUCGAUGGCUCCGAGCUCCCUGCCGCCUUUGUCUCGCUCAAGACAACUGAAGACGACCGCACAUCGCGCCGUGCCAACGCGUCUACCCGCGCUGCCCGCGCCUCGCGCCGCCCUGCGUGGGGCGAAGAGCUUGUGGUCGGCGUCCCAGAACCUCUGCUUGCUGUGCCGGGCGAAGGUGUGGUGCUCUCGGUGGCCGACUCGCUCACCCAAACGCUUCUCGCCAAGUUUGUUGUCCCGUUCUCAGCCCUCGACUCGCGGACCAAGUACUUGCUCCGACUGGGCAAGGCAGGCUCGACCGAGACCGUCCUUGUCUCCAUCGAGCUCAUUCCGACGGUCUCGGACCUGGUGCGCUCACUAGCGGCCGAACCCACCUUUGGUCUCCUCCGCGUCAAGCUCGGCCGCCUCGCUCCACAGCCCGAUCGCUCGUCGCACUUUCAAGCCCUGCUGGCGGUCCGGACCGCCGCCCGCCUCAACUCGGGCUCUGAUCCGGCGCUGCCGUGGUCCGACCUCUCGGUGGCUGGCACUGAGGUGCCCGGCCCGCUGCCGGCUGUCCCGUCGCCGCUUGGCCUGUCAUCAUUCACCGCCUCGGCCUGGAACGAGACUACCCACAUUCCGGCGCCACUAGCUACUCUCACCAACCCCUCUGGCGCUCUCGCCAUCCAGAUCUGGCGCGCUGCAGAGCUGUCCCGCGGCAUUUACGACCCAGAGUACUACGGCCAUGCUCUCGUCCCACUCGACUCGGAGCUCGUCUCGCUCCUUCUCGAGGGCUUCUCCGUCGCGCUCUCCAACAUCGCCAUUGCCGUCCUCGCCUCGCCGCUGCCCGACGACUCGUCGGCCCCGCCAGCGUCGUCCAUCCACGUGAACCUGGAGCUCUCGCUCGCCUGUGCUUCCAACGUCGGUCCACCGUCCCCGCGCGGCCUGCCGCCUGCGCCGAACCUCGGCGCCGCACCCAUCAUUGGCUCGGCGCCGCACACAGCACACACCACGGCCGUACCUGACGUCCCUCCCGUCUCUGGCUUUGACAUGGUCAUCGAGCCGUCCAAGUACAUCGGAUCCGGCUCGUACUCGGACGCAGGCGGCUACUCGGGCUACUCGUACUACUCGCCGCGCGCGGCACGCCACGUGCAUUCGAAAACCCGUUCACCGCGCCAGUCGUCGCGCCGCUCGGUGCGCAGUCGCCGCUCGCGUCAGCAAGACGACUCGUUUGAUCCGCUCGCCACCACCCACGCUCUCGCCGUGACUCGCGCCGCGCAAGGGCCAAGCACUCGCCGCGUCGCACCUCUCGCUCGCCGCGCCGUCACCCAGGUCUCACUCGCGCCCGAUGUCACCAUCCUCACCAAUGACAUUCAGAACAAGCAGGACAUGAUCGACCGCUUGCUGACCGAGGUCGACGAAAAGGCGUCCGCCAUCAAGACUCUCGGUGCCGACGUCAUGCGCCUCCGCAAGGAGAAUACCAUGCUCCGGGUCCAGAUCACCGAGCUCUCCACCCAGCUCGAGGACCGCCACGCCGACGCGCUCUCUAACGCCGAGACCCGCGGCGUCGACGGCCUCGACCACGACGAGCUCGUCCGCCGCCACAUUGCGCUCUCCCGUCGCUACAAGGCCGACAUGCGCCGGUUCCAGGAGAACCAACUGCGGGUCGAGAAGCUCCAGAACGCCGUUAUCAAGCACAACGAGGCCGAGAAGUCUUACCUCGAGCUUGAAGAGGCUCAUACUGCGCAGGCUGCAUUUAUCAUGCAGCUCCAGACUGAAAACUCCUCGGUCAACAAGUUCAAGCAAGUCAUCGCUGACCAGGAAACCAUCAUCGCCCGGCUCGAACAUCUUGUCGAAGCCAACGGCGCCGCGUCUGCCCGCGCCCGCCCGCGCCCACCGUCUCGCGCCGAGCCACUGCCGGCCCUCGACAAGCGCCGGGGUUCGUCCACCAGCGCAGACGCUGCCGAAACUGCUGCCCUUCGCAACGAACUCUCCGCUGCCAACUCGAAGAUCCACUCGCUCCAGUCGCAAAUUCGCGAGAUGUCGCUCCAGCUGCAGUCGAUGCCGCCCGGCCCGUCGGCCGGCAUGCAGAUGUCCACCACCAACUCGAGCGAGGUCAUCCAGCUCCGCUUCCGCAUCGAGGAGCUCACCCGCCAGAACCACCGUCUCGAGACCGACCUCCAAAAGGUGCUCUCCACCGCAGGCAUGGGCGAGCUGGAGAAGGACCGCUUCCUCCUCCUCAUGCGCGCCGAGACCUCCGAGGCCCGCGCCGCUUCGCUCGAGGCCCAGCUCGUCGAGAACACCCGCGAGUAUGGUUCGCAAAUUGCGCAGCUCAAGGCGCAGCUGGCCAUGCAAUAA